AGAAGUCUGCUAAAUUACAAGUUCCAAACACAAGUAUUAUUAAUGUACGAUUCUUUCUUCUGCUUUCCCCACUGUUUUGUCCGAUAAAUCUAGAGAGGCAAAAUCAAAUCGAAUUCUCGAAGACGCAAAUAACAACAUCUGCAUACAAAGCUUAAAGAUCUCUUCCGAAGAAGUAAUAAUGUCUCUGACAUGCGUUAAUAUGUCCGAGGAUGUCUGGUUGACUUGCCUCACUCACGCAUUAUCCACCGAGACCGAAGAGAUCAUGGGUCUCCUUCUCGGCGACAUCGAGUACUCAAAGAACGGCGAAAGUGCCACAGCUAUGAUCUGGGGAGCAUCGCCUCAGUCACGGUCUGAUCGGCAGAAGGAUCGAGUUGAAACCAAUCCUGAACAAUUGGCUGCUGCUUCUGCUCAGGCCGAUAUAUCCUUUUUUAUAAAAAUGACGAUAUCAACGGGCAGAACUACACGGGUGAUUGGAUGGUACCACUCCCAUCCUCAUAUUACCGUUCUUCCUUCCCAUGUUGAUGUUCGGACACAAGCUAUGUAUCAGCUUUUAGAUUCUGGUUUUAUUGGCCUCAUAUUUUCCUGUUUUAGUGAAGAUGCUAACAAGGUUGGUAGAAUCCAAGUUAUCGCUUUCCAGUCUUCUGAUGGAAAGCAGAAUAGUAUUCCCAAAUCAAUGAGCCUGGUACUUGCUAAUAAAGACUCUGUCAUCGAUUUAGAAUCGUCAUUUAGUUCUUCGGACUCGAUAUACCAGAGAUCCUCUUCUGCACGGGGAGACAAUCCCGAGCUAGACACAAGUGAUACAGCUACUACUUCCGGAUCUAAGGGUGGAGGACGGGUUUCAGAUUUUGGGGCUUUCUUUGUCAACAAUGCUGAGGCCAACAGCACAGGAAGAGAUGGAACAAGUGGAAACUACAGCUCAGGCAAUCUCAGCAGCACAGCUAUCGAAAUUGACUCGAUGGACAUGUCUGAAAGUAUGCUAGAGGCAAUGCUCCGUUCAAAUUUAGAAACCAGUGGUGUGGGGUAUGUUAGAAAAGAAGUCCCACUUCAUGUUUUGCCGACUUCAUCCCUUCUUCAACUCAAUUCACCUUUAGCAUCUUUUAAAAGUCUGCAACGAGUACUCUAUGAUGAGGAACGAGCAGCGUACCACCAAUCCGUGCAGCAAAGCAUGAGAGACGGGAGAGUUCAUCCUCUUGCUUUCAUUCACAACACAUCAACAUAUCAGGCUUCAAUGUGCAAGUUGAUCGAAUACUGCUUGAGUCCUGCCAUUAACGCACUUCAAGAUAAGCUGAAGGAGAACAAGAUCCGGUUAGCAAUGCUGAUGGAUGAAGCUGAGGUUUUGGAAGCACAGAAACUGAAAGGAGCAGAGACAAGCGGGGGACCAUCUCGUCUAGUUCACGGUUCUGGCAGCCGAAGCAGAAGAGGAUUGUAGAAAGAUCUGUGGCGAAAGGCACAUGUCUUCCUCUUUGUGUAUGUUUCUAUUUGGACAUUUGUUUUGUUACGAUUGUAUCAUAGGCAGAAAUCUGUUCUUAGUUUACCCAUCUGUAGCAUAAUUGGUUUUUUUCUUUUUCAUGGAAGAUUAACUUUUUUCCAAGAGAUGCUGUAAUAUAUGUAUUCAUAUAUA